AUGCUGCCAAACUCAGAUGACAGUGGCUAUCAGAACAACUCAGAUGACAGUGGCUACCAGGAAGGCAUUGGUGACGAUAGUGACAGUGCCACUCCAGGACGACCAGAAGGAACAUCACUGUCAACAAGCUCUGGUGCCAAUGGCAGCUCCACACUUGGAAAGCAGGUUGCCCGCUCAAAUUCACCCCCGCCACCAAACUCCACCUUGGGCAGAGAUUUCCUCUCACCCCCUGUCUCCAGCACCAUCCUUGGCACAGCGCUACCCUCACCCUCCACCCACACACCUGACCCACACCACCACCCUGCCCAAAAUAUAAAUAUCCAGGCUCCACUCAUUACUGGAAAUAAUGUCACUGGACACGAUGCAUCUUCCCGUGAUAGGAUGCAAGAAAUAAAAGAUGCCAUCAAGUCUCGUAUAAAAGCCACAAAGGAGCUCAAAGGCACAUGGAAGGCAGCUGAAGACCUUGAUGAAUUCUUCAUGGAAAUGUAUGUCAUGGGAAGUGAUUUUGAUCAAGUGAACAACAAACAUGAGAUUUGGCAAGUGGAGACUGCACACUUUUCAAACAACAUAGAGGGAAGUGUGUUGCAAUACUAUGAAAUAUUCAAGCCUGGAGAUAUGUCCUUUAAAAAUGUUUUGACCAAGGGAAUUGCUGGCAUUGGUAAGACCAUCACUGUGAAGAAAUACCUUCGUGAUUGGGCUGAGGAAAGGCACAUGGAUCACAUUGACUUUGACUUUGUAUUUUUGCUUCCCUUCCGAGACUUAAACAGAUUCAAAGACAAGGAGCGAAGUCUUCUUGAAUUGAUUCAUUUUUUCUACCCUGAACUCAAGGAAGCAGGUAGUGAAGAUAUAUUUAAAGGAAAACUUUUGUUCAUAUUUGACGGUCUGGAUGAAAGUCAGGUUAAUGUCAAUGUUGACAUCACCACUACACCUGAUGUGUCAACAUCCCUAUCAAUGGAUGUGCUACUGACAAGUCUGAUGACCGGAAAGCUCCUUCCCUCUGCUCGCUUGUGGAUAACAACCCGUCCUGCUGCAACAGGUCGACUUCCUGAUGAAGUGCUCACCCAAUGUUGUGUCACACAGAUACAAGGAUUCAAUGAUGAGCAGAAAGAGGAGUACUUCAAAAAGGAGGUCAAGGAUGAGGAAAAGGCUGGGGAAAUUAUAUCCCAUCUGAAAUCAUAUAGAAGCCUCUAUAUCAUGUGCCAUAUCCCUCUGUUUUGCUGGAUGGCAGUUUGUGUUCUCAAAAGCUGUACUACAGACACAUUUGCUGAAUUCCCAAAAAGCCUUACGGAAAUGUAUAUUCACUUUGUCAUCACCCAAACAUGUUUCAGCUACGCAAAAUACAAGAGAACUGAAGCUCCUCAUCGAUCAGCUGUUCUUAAGGCGUUUGUGCUGAACUCAUAA